AUGAUCUUCGUAUUCCAGCUGUUUUUUUUCUUAAAGAAUGGAUUAAGUUUUCGGCAUGUGAUCAUUCAGGAGAAAUUGAAGGAAAGAGAGCGAGCAUUGCGUAAACGGAAAGAAAGAGAAGAACAAGAAGUAGAGAGAGUGCGAUCUAAAGCUCGGAGGAAGGUGGCUGUUGAGUCUUAUCAAGCUUUACUUGUGGAAACUAUCAAGGAUCCUCAGGUUUGGACUAGUGGGAAGAAAAUUUGUUUUUGGAAAGAUAUUUGGAAGGGAGACUCUUCUUCUCAAUGGGGAUGAAACUUCGUUUUUUUUAGAAGUUUAAAUGGCCAGGAUUUUUUGGAGUUUUCAUCCCCCAUUAUCAUUGCUUGAGUCAAUUUCCUUGGAACUGCUGGUUUCCGGUAAGAUAUUUUGUAACUUGAUUUUUCAAAAUUCUUUUCUCACAAUUCAUUCAUCCAUUGGUAAUUGAUUAUCCAAUUUUUCCCGAUUUAUAACCUCCUUUGAUGAUUUGAAAGGCUAGAGUGCCUACUAAGGCAGGGCUUGUUUGGAUUGUGGCUCAUCAGAAGGUUAAUACUUGUAACUUGGGAGGAGGCCUUAUGCUUGCCUUUCUCCUAAAUGGUGUGUGAUGUGUAGGGCAUGUGGUGAGAGUAUUGGUCAUUUAUUUCUUCAUUUUUCCUAUAGUUGUGUUCUUAUGUCAUUCAGUGUUUAGGGAGGUGGGGUUAUUCUGUGGGAUUAUGUUUCUUUACUUGUGGAAUGCUUUGUAUUUUGAGAAAAUUUAAAGGGUUUUAACAUAAUACUACUUUGAUUGGGAAUGUCCAAGCUGCACAUCACUCUUUCUGUCUCUCUCUCUCACACACCCACCCACACCCACCACACAGACACCCCACACGCACACAUAACACACCUCACUCACACUCACACACACACACCACACAGAGACACCCUAUGCGCACACACCUCACACACUCUCCUUUUUUAGUGGCUUCAUUUAGGUUUUCAAAGUCGAUGGAAUCAUGAAGUUUGGAGCAGUUAUUUUGUUGUCUUCUGAUUCUCCUGAUGCGUAACUAUCUCUUCCCUCCCCACUUCCAAUGUGAGCGUGUGUGCUUGUACACUUUUCAUGCAGAUGUACAGUAGACAUUUAACUGAUUGAGCAUCCCUGCUUAAUUGUCUGUUUUUUCGGUGGCUCUCUGUCCUAGGGUGUGGCUGGUUUCACUUGUACCUCUAGUAAUUCACUGCAUUGUUUAUAAUUGUGUGCAUAGGCUUCUUGGGCGGAAUCAAAGUCUAAAUUGGAGAAGGAUCCUCAAGGACGUGCAGCCAAUCCUCAUUUAGAUCAAUCGGACUUAGAAAAGUUUUUCCGAGAACAUGUUAAGAUACUGCAUGA